AAUGCAUCCCCCACCCACUUCUUCUUCAUCCCUCUCCACAUAAAUCACCCCUCCGCUUCGUAUUUCAGGUUCAGCAGACUUACGGAUAACAAAAGGGCAGCGGUUGUUUUUGUGAGAAACAAAGAGGACGACGAAAGCACUUUUUUGCAAAACUCCAAACCACCGGAACAAGCAGCGAGUGAUGAAGAGUGUGAAGAGUCGAAGAGUGUGAAGAGUGGGAACGAGAGAUCGCUCUCUCUCUCUCUCUCUAUCUCUCUCUCUAUCUCUCUCUCAUCCCUCAGCGCUUGUUUUGCUUGUGGUUUGUGGCUUUUGCUUUUUGGGGUUUUGAUCGCUUGUCUGGUUUUCACAUUGCACUUUGCCUUCUUGUCACCCAAAGUCGACCUUCAUACUCGUGCUGACCUGCCCCAAGGCCAUGCGGAGGCACAUUACCCAAACCAACAGACAACGUCCUCCAUGCUCUCUCUCUCUCACUCUCUCUCUCUCUGUCACUCGCGAUCUACUGGCUUACUUGCGACCUCUCCAUCGUCAAUCACCCUGCUUCACACUCCAAACAAAAGAAAGGCUCAGAGACGUUUGAAAGAAUCCAACAUCCAAUAAGCUAUUGAAACAGGCUUAUCAUUGGUCGUGUCAACCACCACAGCCCGAGUUUGCAUGGGAACACAAACUGGACACUUUGAAUGGAAGCAGAACAAUGAAAAAAAGUCAGUCUCAUCAGACGGCUCGGUUCCAGAGGCUACAUUGGGUUCGCGCUGUUUCAAAAACCAGAGCAGAACGAGAUUGUUCUUGAUGCCUUGCCCCGCAGCUCUCUUCUCUACUGCAGAGAGCUAAACAAAAUCACAGAGAACGAGCACUGAGCAUCCCAUUGAUUUGGUUUGCAGUUGCUCGCGUCACCGAGCCGGGUGCUUGAACAACCUUCAGUCUGAAAAGUAGCUGAUCCGAAUCCGCUGCGUUUUUUUGCCAUUCUCUGGGAUCCGCGACUGAAUCGAAGCGCAAACAAUCUGCCAAACACAUACCUGACCCUUGGAAGCUGAAACAAAAGAAGACCGUUUUCUUUGUUUUUGCUUGUGACCGAUUUGGUUGCCUGUGGUCGCCGGUCUGGAUGCUCGAGCUGUCAAAGUUGUUUUGAUGCUCAAUUUUCAUGGGCGCCACUAGGGACUGGCCAGUAGAGGAGCUUUGUUGCUUCUUUUGCUCUCCCAUCCCAUGAGCGGAUCAUUGGGAGACCCAGGUGGAAAAGGAGCGAUGUCAAGUUCCUUCCUUCCAAACAACAUGCAAAAUCAAAAACGCUUCCAUGUUUGGUUUUUGUCAGGUUGUGGGCGUUUUGUCCAGUUUCGUUUCUUUGUCACCCCUGAGUGGGCAGAGACGCACUCGGUCAGCAUCCGACAUCUUGGGCAUUCACUUGAACUGGUUGACAAGUGAUUUGCCAUCUCAUUUUGGCUCGCGAGAGCACAAAAUGGAUGACUAGAGGUGCUUCGGGCGGUCUGUGGUGAUUUCAUCUUCAUACCCGCUUGGUGCCACCUUUCUCUAACGGAAGGUGUGUCUCUGGUGGGCAAAGUGUGGAGUGUUUGAGGUUUUUGCUUUGGCAGCCUCUUUCGUCUGCAUUGUUGCUUGGCUUUUCCACGAUUUUUGCGUGGGGCUUUCGAUGGCCUUGAAUCUCGGUACCUGCCAAACGUCAAACGUUUGUGUUCUGCUUUCGUUGCGACCUGGCUUUGCUUGAACCUUGCUUUCGAGUCUUUUUUUUUGUUUGCUUCCAUGUCCUUGUUUUUUUCCCUUCUACCCGCAUUGUGGAUGGAUUCUUGUUUGUCUUUGAUGCUUGAAUGGGAUUGAAAGGAAUUGAUGGCGGGGAGUGUGUUUUGCUUGGCUGGCAGGCGAGUCAGAGUCAGGGGGGGAGGCGGAGCAAGGGACGGAACUCUGGACUUUCAGCCCGACACCUCAAACCACGCAAUCUGCACUGGAUUUAUCAUCACCCAGUCGACUGCUCAGGACGCUGAGACAUUCCUUUUGUUGCCUUUCACACCUCGCACGACUUUCUUUUUUGUGUUCUUUCAACUCAUUUUCUGCUUUUGACGUUUGGAUGUUUUUUGGCGUGUUUCAGCAACUCGAGGCCGGCCCUCCGUCCCCGUACCCGCUCUUCAAGCAAUGCGACCCUGCGUGGGGCGAUGACCUCAUCGACACCGAGACCAUCUGCCAAGUCGGCUGCCUCAUGUCGUCCAUCUCCAUGGCCAUCCACGGCUGGCAGAUCAAGAUUAACGGGACAUCCUCCAACCCUCAGAGUCUCAACAAUUUCCUGAGGGCCAACAACGGGUACAUUGGCGACGAUCUUGAUGAAUCUGCAGUGCCCAAGAUCAACCCCGUUGACAUUUCUUGGCCCGCUGAUGGCAUGCACCCCACCAACGACCUUUCGUUCGGCACCAUUGCGAGCUACCUCGAGAUGGGCCGCGUUGUCAUUGCAAACGUGCUGCACGGUCGCCAUUUCGUCCUCGUUACCGCUGCCAGCAACAACAACGACACCCUGUUCGUGAACGAUCCCGGGUUUAACACCACAUACUAUAGCUAUUCGGCGGAUGUUGUCGGCUGGCGUUUGUUCGACAUGUUGUAGCAACUUGUUGCCCUGCGUGUGCGCAUUUCUCGCAUCGACACAUAAACUCGAGUUAGAUCCA